UAUAGGAAUAUAUACUAUAAAAGGGCUUUGCCAGGACUUCACGAGCAGGCCGGGACUAACUUCACUGAGCCGAGACAUCAUGGUCAUUCCAUGCUGUAGAGUUUUGGUUUCUUGAAUGUCUAGCAUUUGUGAAUGUGGCCGUGAGCUCCCAGACGAGGGAGUGAAACUUUGAUGGUGCAAUUGUUGGCAACCCCGGGCUGUCGGGGGAGCCUCCUGUUCCUAAUGGCCUUGGCUUCGAGCCUAUCGGUUCUGGUCACUGUAGCUGGAAAUACCGCGCACUUCGACUACCUGGAGACUCCAGUCGGUCACCUCGCGCCCGCAGAGCACGAGUGGGCGCAACACCUCAAGGACAACCUGGACGUAGACAUGACGUAUUGGCGGCAGCGGGGCCGGCUCAAAGCCAAUGCUACCAUGGAGCUAUACGAGCAGAUAAUGAAACGCAGACUGACGGCAGUGUUCAAACUGGUGCUCGUUUACAAGAACCAGAUCUACUACCCGCUGCGAGACGACCCCCAAAACCCGGAGCCGCCACUGCCCUGCGCACCGCAGAUCGAGGCGUUCUACAAGCACCUCCAGCCGCUGUUGGAGCGUGGUGCCAUUAAGAUGCCGGACGUGCUGUUUGUGCACAAUGUGGAGGACAAUGUGCCGCGCUGGUGUGGUCCCGACAAGAACUGCACAGCGCCGCUCCUCAGCAUCAUCAAGACGGCGGACGGGGCGGCGGGCAGCGACACGGAUAUCCUCAUCCCGCAAUUCCUGUUCCUCGCCAAGUCCACGUACCACUACCCCUGGCACCUGAAGAAGGACGUCGCGUUCUUCAGAGGAAGGCCCUUCUGCAGCUCAUGGUGGGACAACAAGUUCAAGCCCAAGUGCGACACCAUAUGCAGCCGAACCUGGCUGGCCUACCUAUCCAUGCAGGAUGAGGAGCAGGGUCGUGGGCAAUCGGUGCUGGAUGCGGCGAUUGUGGAGCCGUGGCAGGGCAGCAGCUCGUGUAUGCCCAAGAAUCCGCCGGCCAAGCGGGGUGUGCCGCUUGCCAACCACACCUACUUCAAGUACCUCAUACACCUGGAGGGCAUGACUACCAGCUUCCGACUCGACAUGUUGUUCCACACCAACUCGCUGGUGCUGUAUCAGAACCAGCCCUUCCUGGCCCACUUCACACGGUCCUUGAGACCCAAUGUGCAUUACGUGCCGUUUUGGAACACGACAUCACGGGGCAUGGGCGUGGAGGACAUCUACGAUGUAAUGCAGGCGGUGCGGCACACGGACUCCGUCCACCCACAAGACAUCCAGCGCAUUAUCCGUGAAGCGCAGACCUUUGCCAUCAAGUACCUAACCGUGUCUUCCCGCGCCCGCUACCUGCGCGAUGCGCUCCAGUCCUACAAGUCGCUGUUUGAGGACAUGGACCCCUUCAUUGAGCAGCUGGUGGCGCGCAUGCGGGAACGGGGGUUCAGGAUACCGCACUAAUGCAAGUAAGUUCAUGUGCUGUCAAAUGCUGAUUUACCGUACUUUCAAUCCUGAGACACUGACCGAUGAGGCUUCUCAUGACCGAUGCAUAGGCCGUGCUGCCAUGGGGGUGCGGUACUGCAGCGCGGCGGGCGGAGGACAGCAGCCGGGCAGGUAUGCAUGUCGAGUGAGGUUGGGCGUUGGCGGCUGUGACUGACGCAGCUCAUCAGCCGAGCUAAUGAAGGGAAUGGAUGUCGCGUUGUCACUGUAUGCUAUAAGUUGCUGUUCUCAGAUGCGUGUGCGUGCUUCUACACGGUACGACUUGCGUCUUGCGGGAUGUGUGACUGAGUGUUCGCAGUCGUUAGCUGAUAGAGGUUACAUGUGGGACGACAGCCGUGGACUAAGCCAGGGCCCCAAAAACGUACGAGUCACGCACGCUCACCCGAGGAGAGAUCCCCGAAUGACCCCCAUGCUCCUCGCCUCCGGAGAGGGGAGGAACCGUUCGUUAGCGAAUAGAGGUUACAUGUGGGAUGACAGCCACGGGCAAGCCAGGGCUCCAUAAACGCACGAGACACGUACGCACACUCGAGGAGGGAACCUCGAAUGACCCCCAUGCUCCUCGCCUCACUAAAGGAGGGGAGGAACCCCGAGCAAGGCUCACCGCAAACGCUAGCGCUGCUCACCUAAGCCGCGGGUCGGCGUCAGACUGACUGCCACUUUGCAAAGUGCAACUCCUACCCCAAAACACCAGCACCAACAGGGCAGGGCCCUCACACUGUUGGGUUCGUUAGCCACUCAUCUACACAUGCUGUUCCAAAGUGUGCCUCCUGGCGUGUUUUUGGGGUCUGGCAUGCGCCCCAGCCCGCCUUCAAGGCUGGAACCAAGUGUAACAGACUCUUUGC